UUUCCAGGACCUGGUUUCUAUUCCUGGUACUGUAAAAGAAAAAAGAUUGGAGCAGGUGAGGAAAACUGAUUUUGAAAGUUACAAGCAGGAAGUCCUUGGCAAUUUUACUCUUGGAGUGGGCUCUCUUAAAAGAUUUAUGUAUGAGUACACUGUAGCUGUCUUCAGACACACCAGAAGAGGGUAUCAGAUCCCAUUACAGAUGGUUGUGAGCCACCAUGUGGUUGCUGGGAAUUGAACUCAGGACCUUUGGAUGGGUCAGUGUUUUUUUUUUUUUUUUUUUUUUUUCCCAGAGCUGGGGACCGAACCCAGGGCCUUACGCUUGCUAGGCAAGCACUCUACCACUGGGCUAAAUCCCCAACCACCACCACCACCCCUUUUUUCUUUUUUUCGGAGCUGGGGACCAAACCCAGGGCCUUGCGCUUGCUAGGCAAGUGCUUUACCACUGAGCCAAAUCCCCAACCCGGGUCAGUGUUCUUAAGCGCUGAGACAUCUCUCCAGCCUGGAGUGGGCACUCGUAUCUGCUGCCAGUACAGGUAACCAUGAGAUGUGAUGUGUUCAGACUCCAGCCCUAGCUUACCAGCUAUGGGCUGCAUUAAUUCUGUGUGGAGUCUGUUUAGACUAGAUACUGAUGCAUAAAGGCUGCCACUAAUACAGAAGUGGAAUGGACCCAUGGCUUCAUGCAUUGCAUGCUAGACAGGCAUUCUACCACCUGAGCUGCAUCCCUGGGCCCCACAGGUGCCCUUUUUUAUUUUUGAAACAGUAUGCCAUGUUGCAAUGCCUAUGGUCCUCCUUUCCUUGAAUUUAGUAUUUUAAAGUAAACUUUUGGAAUGAGAUAGGUUUCAAAGACAGUGCAGAGUGGGUACCAGCUCAUAGUCUCUUCCCUGUGGUGCUUCCGUCACAGCCAAGGCUGCACAACCUUUUUCUGUCCUGGGGUCCCACCCAGAUGCUUCCCCCACCCCUAAACCCAUCUUAAUUUCAGUUGUGCUUGGUGGUCAUCCUUGGAGGCCUGCCACCCUGAGCUUUGGCCAGUACCCAGCCCAUGCUAUGUGUCCAACAUGUGUGUUAUUCUUUGUCUAUAACCCUUACCCAGUCUCAAAUGGCAGCCUAGUUUCUUUACUCUCAAAAAACAAACAAAUUCUUUGGGGAGCCAGAAGCAAGGGUGGAGCUGCUUGGAACUCUUUUCCAGUGCGGAGGGACCUGAGCUAGGGAGUGAGGCGGCUGGUUGCAGGCAGUUGCAUCAGCCGUGGCUCUGAUGGGUAGGAAGGGGUAAGGGAAUUCUCUGGGGACCACAGAGCACCUGGCAACAGCUCCUAGGUAGCAAAGACCUGGAUAGGAGCCCCCUGGGCAGAACACAGCGAAUCUGGGGCUUUGUCCUUAGAAGGGGCCUACCAUUCCAAAGGCCCAUAGCUUGCUUGUGAAGACAAGACUGAGGCCUAGAAAGGACAUCUUCCCAAGGUUGCAGACGCUGACGGAUUUGCCCCAGAGUCGAAGUAACUGCCACCUGGAAAUUCCACAGCCAUGAGUGGGUUUAACUUUGGAGGCACCGGGGCUCCUGCUGGCGGCUUUACAUUUGGGACCGCAAAGACUGCGACCACCACACCCGCCACUGGCUUUUCCUUCUCUGCUUCUGGCACCGGCACCGGAGGGUUUAAUUUUGGGACUCCCUCCCAGCCAGCUGCGACCACCCCUUCCACCAGCCUCUUCUCACUUGCCACACAGACCUCAACCACACAGACCCCAGGAUUCAACUUUGGAACAACACCUGCUUCUGGGGGAACAGGCUUCUCCCUGGGGAUCAGCACCCCAAAGCUCAGCCUAAGUAGCACAGCCGCCACACCAGCCACAGCCAACACUGGCAGCUUUGGGCUUGGCAGCAGUACUCUUACCAAUGCCAUCUCAGGUGCCAGCACCUCCAGCCAGGGGACAGCCCCCACUGGCUUUGUCUUUGGCUCUUCUACCACCUCUGCUCCGUCCACCGGCACCACGGGAUUCUCAUUCACCAGUGGCAGUGCAUCCCAGCCUGGAGCCUCCGGCUUCAACAUUGGCUCUGUGGGUAGUUUGGCCCAGCCCACAGCACUGUCUGGCUCUCCCUUCACUCCAGCCACUCUGGCGACAACUACGGCAGGAGCAACACAGCCAGCUGCUGCUACACCCACUGCUGCCACCACCAGUGCAGGGUCUACACUGUUUGCUUCAAUAGCUGCUGCUCCUGCCUCAUCCAGUACUACAGUGCUUUCCCUCUCAGCUCCAGCGACAACUGCAGCCACUCCUACUGCUGGGACUUUGGGCUUCAGCCUCAAGGCCCCUGGAGCAGCUCCUGGUGCCUCCACCACCAGCACCACCACUACUACUACCACCACCACUACUACUGCCUCCACCUCCUCCUCCACCACGACCACUGGCUUUGCCUUAAGCCUGAAACCCCUGGUGCCAGCUGGCCCCAGCAGCGUGGCAGCUACUGCUCUGCCUGCCUCCAGCACAGCAGUUGGGACUACGACGGGUCCAGCAAUGACCUACGCGCAGCUGGAAAGCCUGAUCAACAAGUGGAGUCUGGAGCUGGAGGACCAGGAGCGGCACUUCCUGCAGCAGGCCACGCAGGUCAAUGCCUGGGACCGCACACUGAUUGAGAAUGGGGAGAAGAUCACCAGCCUGCACCGAGAGGUGGAAAAGGUGAAGCUGGAUCAGAAGCGUCUGGACCAGGAGCUGGACUUUAUCCUGUCACAGCAGAAGGAGCUGGAAGACCUUCUGAGCCCGUUAGAGGAGUCAGUGAAGGAGCAAAGUGGCACCAUCUACCUUCAGCAUGCUGAUGAGGAGCGUGAGAAGACCUACAAGCUGGCUGAGAACAUCGAUGCUCAGCUCAAGCGCAUGGCCCAGGACCUCAAGGACAUUAUUGAGCACCUGAACAUGGCUGGUGGCCCUGCAGACACCAGUGACCCACUGCAGCAGAUCUGCAAGAUCCUCAAUGCACACAUGGACUCCCUUCAGUGGGUGGACCAGAGCUCUGCCCUGCUGCAGAGGAGGGUGGAGGAGGCCAGCCGUGUGUGUGAGAGCCGGCGCAAGGAACAGGAACGCAGCCUGCGCAUUGCCUUUGACUAGCCAUACAUGAGUUGGGGGUGGGGGUACCUCUUUUGUUGUAGGGCUGCUGGCUUUGGGGUGGUUGUAUUGUUGAGAAAAAUGCUCUUUGGUUUGGUUCCCUGUUAUCAGAAGUGGUUUGCGAAGGCAUGAUGUCAUGGAUGUAAUAACCUGUGUGCUCUGGAGACAGGUGUGAAGGUCACUGAACUCUAGGCCAGCAUUUAAAGAACAAGGGCAAACUCAUCCUUUAGCCACUCCAAUACAACUGUGACAGUGGGAUGGCAUGCUCCAGAGAUGUUGGCCAAGAAACUCACCUGGAAUGGAGACAUGGCUUCUGUGCUUCCCUGCUUCUCUAACUCCCAUCUAACCCAUGUCCUCCAGAGCCUGUGCUGCACAAAGCAGAGUCACCAAGGGAGACUGAGCUUAACACCGGUUUGCACUGGCUACCCCUCUCACCCCUCUCUUGUGAGCUUCUGUGGCAGGGACUGACUGCUGAUAGUUCUUUGAGAACAGAGUGGCUGCGGAUUUGCUUCUGAAUGUCCCAGUGUCAAACCUUAGAUUCAUAGUGUUGAAGGCUGGCAGUUAUGUCUGGUCUAUUUUAUUUCUCCACACUCUACUGUAGCCUCUAUGGUCCCUGAUCAAAACAUUGCUUUUCUAAAUAAAGAAAACAUUGUGAAAUCAGA